AUGCGAUUCUCAGCCUCCAUCCUCGGUGCUCUCAGUGUAGCCCAUCUCGCGGCAGCAGCGCCCAUCUGGGGUGCUCUCAUUGGAGGCGCCGCCUCUAUAGUAUUACCAUUACUGCCAUCCAAAAAAAAGGAAGAACCACAGCCAGACACCCAGCCCGACGACACACUCUCCACACCUCAAUACUUCUCUCUCAGCUCCUUGAAGUCUGGCUUUGCGUUCGACCGUGCCUCGUUAUCCGCGUCAAGUUCCAACCUCUACACCAACCUCCUCUCUCAAGGAGCAAGCUGCGAGAACGGCGAUGAUCCAGGUUUCGCCACACUCACGAUUGACCCCGACCGCGUCUUGUAUCUGUAUACUGGGUCCGGCCCUGCCCAACAGUUCUAUGUCGACCGUUCCAAAAUGGGUCAGGGCAAGCUGGGUUACACGACUGGUGAUCAGUCUCCCCCCGGGAACGCGGAGAGUCAAGGAUGGGAGCUUGUUGACGGCAUUCUGACCUUCGAUGGUGCGGGUCUGAUUGCAUGCCCCAGCAACACCAUAGAAGAUGCCUGGACUGUAUGGGUAUCCUCCGGCAAUAAGGAACCGGGGGGCAACGCCGGCUGCACUACCUUCGAUGCAAGAGCGAACUACCUCGCGGAGGGCGACCUAAGCCUAUGUACCUAUACCGAAUAG